GACAAAAUAACACGUACCGUACGUUAUCGUACGGUAGGAUACGAUGCGAGCUUCAAUGUCAUCUGCUACUCUCCCGUCGUAAUUAUUAUAUUGUUUGAUCAAAAACGAAUUAAAGAUAGUCGAGGAUGAUGAUUUCCAGAAUCAAGAGAGCCAGUUUUAUUCUGGUUGCUGUAUUGGGAAUGGCUGCCACAGCUUCGGCAUCGGUAUUUUUGGGUGGUGCAAAAGAUGCCCAAGCUUCUCCUUUCGCGACGCGGCGUUCUUCUUCUUCCCAGAUAGGCAACCUUUACCACCGAAAGACCCGUGAAGCAGAAAUCGAAAGACAAAAAAUGGCCCGAGUUGUCCGACGAAACAUCAAUCCGACAGGCAACGGCGCAGCUAUGGCAAUUCCUGGUAUGUACUUUACGAAUCAACCACAAAAAAAAAGCAUGAAGUACACAUGCUGAACUGGGACAUGGGUUUCAAACAAUGAUCUCAAAUCCUUGUCUCUUUUUUGUCACGCAUAAAAUUUUGAUUCUCCCUCUUCAUACGCAAAUCGUAGGAUACGGAGUUGCAGAGCAGGUUUUCGUUGGAGGCUUUGCGAACUUUUUGAGUAUUUACAACAUCGUCAUCACCGCCCGCGUUCUUUUGUCAUGGUUUCCUCAAGCCCAAGGCGUCGGAGUGUUGCAACCCAUCUUCCAAAUCACUGAUCCUUAUUUGAAUCUCUUCCGUGGUCUCAUUCCUCCUGUUUUUGGGUUGGAUUUGAGUCCUAUUUUGGCGUUYGUGCUCUUGAAUGUCAUGACUAACGUUACCGCUGCAGUUGGGGCAGAAAUUACAGCCGACGACCGUAAAAAACUUCAAGAAUCCAGCCCUUUUGCCGUCAAACCGUACCAUAAGAAAAAUUCACAGAAGAAGUAUUCACCGCUUAUGAUGCAAGUAUGAUGAGGAACUUUCCAACCUUUUAUUCAAAAAGCUACAGUACAUGAUAAUAUUUUAGCACAAUUUAGUUACGAAUAUUCUUCGUAUAUUUAUGGUUUCAUAGCACUCUAUACUGAUCAUGCCUAAGUAUAUACUUCAAGUAUCGACAAAUGCUGUAGGAUUGAGGGUCAAUAAAUGAUGACAUCGCUGCUCUUCUCAUGUUUGUCGUCGCACUAGAAAAAUKUCUGAUAACAUGAACCUUUACCAUCUAAUCAAAGUUUAAGCAUUGA